UUUAUUAGUAAUAAACUAAUGGCUAAACAAUUGGUACGGUUCGGUGUUGUAGCCGAUGUCCAGUAUGCGGACAGUGAUGACCGACCCGCUUGGUAUGACCCGUCAAAAACACGUUACUAUAGGAAUGCCUUAAAUCAAGUUAGGAAAGCCUAUGACCAGUGGAUCGGUAGUAGUGGUUGUAGUGGUAGUAGUGAUAGUCAAGUGUUGUCAACGGAUCAGCAGAUGAUUGAUAAUUAUAGCAAUAAUUUCAAUAAAAAGAUUGGUUUUGUACUACAAUUGGGAGAUAUUAUCGAUGGACUGAAUGCUAAUUCACAAGAAGCUCACGACUCUAGUCUUCGGGCUAUCCGUCGGACACUCAAUCAGUUUGAAUGUCAUAAAACUAUACCCGCUUUUCAUACCGUCGGUAAUCACGAGUUAUAUAAUUUUACCCGAAAAGAAUUGGCCGAACUAUUCAGGGAUUCGUUGUUCAAAAAACUGAAAGUAGACUCGGAUUCAAUCGGUCUGAACGAACUGAAACUACUACCCGACCGAUGCUCUACCGGCUCUACCGAUAGUGACGAUAUGCUUCUGUAUUAUAAGUUUUAUCCGCAGCCGGGCCUCAAACUCAUAUCAUUGGACUGUUUCGAUAUCAGUGUCCUGGGUCACGAACCUACACACCCGAAGUACCAGUUGGCAGCCGACAUACUGGCCCGAUAUCAUGGCUGCCGGGAUAUGGAUGUCUGGGAUACUGAAACCAGAUUGGUUGGUCCAGAUAGACGCUAUCAAGCAUCUAACGGUGCUAUUAGUCGGGAACAAAUUCAAUGGCUGGACGAGGAACUGGCGGAAUCGGAUUCAAUGGGGGAACUGGUGAUUGUUUUCGGUCACGUAGGCCUACAUCCGGGUAGCAGUGACUGGAAUACUGUCUGCUGGAACUAUGACGAAGUGGUCGACUGUUUCAAUCGGCACCGGUCUGUUGUUGGCUACCUAAGCGGACACUCCCAUUCAUCCGGCUAUACGCUGGCCAAUGGUGUACACUAUAUAACAUUUCACGGUAUUGUGGAAACACCGCCCGAUACCGAAGCGUUUGCAUCGGUCAGUGUCUACGAGGAUCGUCUAGUGAUUGAAGGCUACGGCUAUGAAAAGUCACGGGUUUUACCGUUUUCUAGACUGACGUCCGGCAGCGGUGGCGGCGGCGGCAAUGAAAUUGCUGAUGAAAUUAAUGUCAAUAAUAAUAAUACAAAUAAUAAUUUAAUACAACAAACAAUCGAUGAUUUGGCCAAUAAUAUGGAGGAUAUGUCCAUCAAUACUACCGUUAAGGUUGAAGUCUAAAUCUAAAGAGACAUUUAUUAUUAAUUAUUAAUAAUUUUUUUGUGGUAAGAAAUUUAUGGCCGAAAAACUUUAAAAAAUAAUUAAUUAAUUUUUACUAUUAUGAAC